CAAAAAUUACCAAAGUCUGGUGGAGCAGCCGAGGCCUAACUUAAUUAGGUAUAGUGUAUUUUUGGUAUUAAUUACGGUUAUCGAUAACAAAUAUGUGGUGAUUGUACGUAAUCACAAGGUUCGUAACUUGAAAAAGGAAUUAUUGAGAAGCACGGGUACUUCUCGCUAGUUGAGUUAAACUAGUUGUGAGCUCCUGAAGACACUCAACCUCUCUGUCCAUAUCUAAGAUCACAUAAACCCCGAAGAUUGUGUAGGUUCCAGAUACUUCUAAGCAGGUAACUCUGGCGUGCAGCCGUUUGUAUGGAAGGAAUAGGUUAUCCGAGUGUUAAGUCGGUUGCAGCAGUCUUGCUCUUUGGCAUAUUUGUAUACCUGGCAGCACCGAUGUUUGGCUUUGGCGGGAAGAACCAAUUCCAGGUCGAUGGACAGGUAUGUGGGAGCUGGUAAUAUGGAUGACAUGUUUUACGUAUGGCUGAUAUAGGCUUAGACGGUUCUCAUCACUGGAGGCUCAGAGGGAAUGGGCCGAAGUGUUGCCAUCGAGCUAUCAAAAAAGGGUGCCAACAUUGUCAUCGUAUCGCGAACUGUAUCCAAGCUUGAGGCAGCAUUGAAUGAUAUCAAAGCUACAGCUUUAUACCCGGAGAGGCAGAAGUUUCACUAUGUCAGCGCAGACCUCAAAGACCACGAAGGAACCGAGCAUGCCCUGGAAGAAGUCAGCAAAUGGAACGGCGGCCAGCCUCCUGAUAUUGUUUGGUGCUGUGCUGGGAUGUCACUACCUGGAUUCUUCGUCACCACUCCGCCAGAGACUCUAAAGUCCCAGAUGGACACAAUCUACUGGACUGCUGCCUUUACCGCGCACUCGACUCUUAGCAGAUGGCUGUCCCCGGUUGACCCUAGCUCAAGAAACACAAAAUCUUCUCCCCGCCACAUUAUCUUCACCUCUUCAGCUGCCGUAUUUGUGCCCUUGGCUGGCUAUGGCCCUUACAGUCCUGCAAAGGCCGCUAUGAGAGCUCUGGCAGACACCCUCGCACAAGAGAUUGAAGUAUACAAUGGAUCAAGGAAGAACCUGCAACAACCAGCUCCAGCUGCUGAUGUCAAGAUCCAUAUCGUUUACCCUAUGGGGAUCCUCUCGCCUGGAUUUGCCCACGAACAAACCAUUAAGCCGGACCUGACCAAACUGUUAGAGGAAGCCGAUAAGCCUCAGACACCGGAUGAAGUUGCCAGGAUAUCCAUAAAGGGCCUUGAGAAGGGUGAAUAUAUGAUCACUACUAUGUUAAUUGGAACUUUGAUGAAGGGAGCUGCGAUGGGAAGUAGCCCUCGAAACAACAUCAUCAUCGACACCCUUAUUAGCAUGGUCAGCGCCAUCGCAUUCAUCUUUGUUAUCCCGGAUUUGGCAGGCAAAGCAUGGAACUGGGGUCGCACUCAUGGAGUUCCCAAACCUCGUUGAUAGUCUUCAUUGCCUGGUGAUGUGAAAUUACUGGUUACCCCCUGAAGGCGUACCUGGAGUUGCACCUUACCUCAACCACGGAUUGCCCUAAGUUACAUAAAAAUAUCAUUAUUGUUUUCUUGAAUAUUUGCUUCACACAGACCAGUCAGUGCUAGCUGUGAUAGUAGAACUACGUAGUCGCACGGCUCUUCUCCACGUUGCACGGUAUGUGACCGGAGAGUAGAUAGUGGCUUCCACCAGCUCGACCA